CCACGACACAGUUUGUCUGCUCACCCUCGAGCUUUGGAGUCCAGUCGAACCUUUGGACGUUUUCAAGUGUCUCCGCCACUGGAGGACAUCAAAUCUGAAUGAUGGUAAAACUUGGAGAGGGAAGAUCGAAUGGCAUUGUUGUUGAAUGAUGUUAGGAGACCUCAUUUAACCCAGAGGGUGAUCAGAGAGCUCGGACUGGCACGUUGGCUUUUCUUAUUCUUUGACUUAGUGUUUUUCUUCACAAAUCUUUUUAACUUUUAAUUUUAUUUGAACUAAAAUGGGUUGCUCUCCCUCCAAGGGAAAACUGUUCUCAAAAGGCCUUGAAGGUCAAAAUACUGUGGUGGCACAGGACGGUGCAGGUUCUCGACCCGUGGAGGAGAUCAAAUGUGUGAGAAGUAAUGAGGUAGAAAAGGAACUUCCACAAACCCAGGAGGAACACACUGCAAGAGAUGCUGAACUGUGUCAGACAGUACCGGACACAGCAGACACCAGAAGUACAGAGGACAUUCAAGAUGAUGAGAUGAAGGUGCCCCAAGAUUCCACCAAUGAGGUGAAAACACACAAGAUUAAAAAUAUAGAGAAAAGAAAGAAAAGCAAGGACAAGAGAAAGUGUUCAGAAAAGAAGCGAAAGUCCUCCGUUACCCAAAGAUGGACAAAGGUGGACUUCCCGCCCCACAUGGUGAGGGCUCACCAGGCAGCAUACGCCUAUCUCAAUCCAAACAUCUCCAAAUUUGAAACCUUAAUGGGCCUUCUGGAACAAGCUGCACAGACUCAGCUGUCACUCCGGCCCAUGAUGUCGGCUUUGGUGUUGCGGUUUGAGGAGCUCAAUCAGGCUCUGGAGGAGAUGGCCGAGGAGGGUGAGCUGCUGUUGAAGGAACAUGGACACUGCAUGGCCUUGUCCUCUGGGAUGACUGGCACUUCUGUUUUGCCAACUAUUCCUUUGAGUGCAUCUGCCAAAAAUCUUGAUCCACCUCCAGAUAUGUUACAGCUGCUGCUCCAGCAGUCAGUUGAGAAAAUGAGGCUCGUGGGGAGUUCGGUCCAAGCGCUGGGUGACACCACCCUGGAGGAGGCAGCAGCGUAUUUUGCUUCUCUUGCCAGAAUGCUGGUUGAGAAGCUGCAGGCCAAGAAGGCUGCCGAGCGGAGGAUGGCGCAAGUGUUGGCACAGGUGGAAGCAGCUGCUGUGAAGAAGUCUAAUCCUGAAGACUCUGCAUUGCACAGUGAAGACAGCGGCAUCGGGGGAGAGAACGAGAGUCUGACAGGCUCUGAGAAGCAUCGCCGCCACCGGGGAAGUACAGAAUCUGCAAGCUGUGGGUCUGGAAACAAUAUCCAUGCUGCACUUGAAGCUGUCUGGAGUAAUUCGCCCAAACCAGUGGACCAUAACAUUGAUGAUGAGGAGGAUGAGGAUGAUGAGGAUGAUGAAGAGUAUGAGGAUGAUGACAGUGAAAUCUCAGGGAGGAAGAGGUCCAACUCAUCACCUCCAGAUCCUAGUCAGCCUCUUCCCAGCACACAGGUGCAGCAGGAUGCGCUCAGACGACCCCUGACUGCUUCUAAAGCCAACAAACCUGAACAUUCACUGUCCUCUGGAGCUGCCAGCACCGUGAUGGAGCUGCAAACGAGCCAGAAGGACUUGGACCAAAGGAUGAAAAGGAUGGCUGAGCGCCAGAGAAACACUGCAGGGUCUCGCUGUCAUUUCUACACGGCUGGAAUAAGACAACAUUCUCUAAGUGGUUCAGGUGGUGGCUGUGCACAAAAAAGACCCUUAAAGACAAAUCAGUUACCGUGUUCUUUACCUAUACUACCACAGCGGACAUACAACUGCCAGUCCGUGAGACGGCUGAUAAACACCUUCAGCCAAGGGGCUGAUGGGUGUUCAGGUCAGAGCCUCGCUGGAGUGUCACCCAACAUCAGAAAGCCCCAGAAAAAUAGGGUUGUUAUAUUAACUGACAGAGGAAGUUGUCAUGAUCGGGAUUUGGUUAUCAAUGGCAACAACAACAGCAAUGCCUGGCCUGAAGGUAGGGACGACCUGGAUGUAGACAACCUACCCCCUCCACCCCCUGAGGUUCUGAUGGACGACUCUUUCCAGAGUACCGAGGACACAGCAGGAAAUAAAGAAGCUUCAGUUCAGAGUCACCUAGUGAUAAACCAAAAGACUCCAGUCACCCAAUGCAUGAGAAUGUCCGUCCAAAAUCUUGAAGUGCUGCCAAACCGAGCCAGUGUGAGGCCGCGAGGCAUCAGUGUCUCGUCUUCUCGUCCCAUCAGGCAGGACGCUGUUCUGGGCUGGCAGGAUGCAGAUCAACAUACAGAAACUGUGUUUGACCCAGAAACGGAGAAGGCCAACUGUUUGUACCAACAGGCGCGCAAAAUCAUCCACCUCCGUAACGCAACAGAAUCACCUGUAAGGGGAAACACUGUGGCGCAAAGUGCUCGUGCACAUUCACCUCUGCAAGCCAAAACGUAUCAAGGAGUUGAAAGCAAUGAACAUUUUGAGGCUGACAUGUCCCCGUGCAGCCUGCCUGUGACAGCGCCACCUGUCUUCAGAGUCCGGCUGCCACCAUCCUGUCCCUCUGUGCAACAUCAAUUUACAAGCCCCCCAGUUUUUAGACCUCAACCCCCCUCCAACAACUCAUCUCGCCCAGGGUCUCCAAGGGCUGUGACCCGUGCCGUACAAAACAAGACUGAAGAAAUCAUUCCGUCUGUGUCUUUCCGAGCAGCUCGUUCAGUUUUCUGUCAAAAUGAGUGGCAAAACUCUCAGAGUCAGAACCGCUGUCCUUCUGGGUUUUCUGUGCUGCCACUGCCAUGGGGAGAGACCUCCCGGGGUAGAUUACCCAGCAGAGGGAUGAACAGCUCCACCCGUCGCACUCAAUCAGAGCAAAGGCCAACAUCUUUGACCUCCCAUUUCGAGACUGUCAACUCAGACUCCACCCAACCCAAAGGUCGUGUCCACAUUACUACAAGACAAAGGUUGAACAGCUCUGAGAUGACAGAAGGCCACGCCCACAUGGAUCCAAGUGCCACUGUGAUGACAUCAUAGAGCAAAGUACUACAGAUGAUCAAAGCACUUUCUCUACAUCGGUUUCUUGUUCUCGUGAAACAAAUUUCUUCUAUGUUCUAGAUUUUCUUUUGUU